ACCGCGGCGAGUCUAUACGACGGAGUAAUUUAAACAACUGGUUGGGUAGCAACAAGGCGACAGGUUACGUUUGAUAAUAUUUAAAUCCAGUUGCAAACGUUAUGGGCAUUACCCUUGACGGAUGGGAAGGGAAGAUGGCAGUCGUUACAGGUGCCAGCUCGGGCAUAGGCGCUGCUAUAGUCAAACGGCUGCUUUCUGAAGGUCUCGUGGUCGUCGGUUUAUCUAGACGUACCGUUCUUGCUAAAGACGUGGAAGGGGAUGACCCAAACCGCAAGGGCAAGUUUGUCUACUUCAAGUGUGACGUCACGGACGAGAAGAAUGUCGUCGAGGUGUUUGACAAAAUUAACUGCGCAGUCGGUCCCAUACACGCCCUUAUCAAUAACGCUGGGGUAAUGUUCGAGACUGACCUCAUCGACGGAGAUGCUGAGCUAUGGAGGAAAACUUUCGAUACUGUAGUAUUGUCGAAAUGCAUAGUAACGAGAGAAGCUAUAAAAUCAAUGAACGCCCACAACAUGGCCGGUCAAAUCAUCCAUAUGAACAGCGUGCUCGGUCACGUGGUGUACGACAUUCCCAAAAUGAACGUCUACCCGGCUACUCAGUACGCGAUAACGGCCCUCACCGAAACUCUGAGGCUCGAACUGAUUGCCAAGGGGUCCAAAAUCAAAGUCACGAGUUUGAGUCCGGGACCAGUGGAUACGCCCAUGUUAGGCUCGAGUGAAGCAGUGAAAUCUAGUCUGCAUCAGUUGCUGCGGCCCGAAGAUGUAGCUAACGCUAUAGUUUACAUUUUGUCUACACCACCCCAUGUUCAGGUUCAAGAGCUCACCAUAAGACCGGUCGGAGAACCUUAUUGAUAACGACAAAUUUCAAAAAGAAGAGGAAAUAUAAUUUUUGAACAAUAUUAAUGGAAAUGUUAUUUAUUUUCUUGACACACGUACAUUAUUAUUUUAUAUUUUGCAAAAUAUUUAAACUAUGUUUUUCUGUAUUUUUAAAAUUGGUUCAUUUUGUCUACUUUUCUUAAACCCCGGUAAGUUGUUGAAGGUCACUAAAUUGAGGUUGAACAAAACUUCCGGCUUUGUUAAUCGAAUAUUUUAGUGCUAGACAGGCAAGCCAAUAUUACUUUUAAUAACAUCACGUAUUGAUAUAAUUGAAGAAAUAUAUUACCAUUUUUCAACUGU